GAACAAAAAGCCCAUCAGUUUUGGACUUUUGACAAUGGAGACAGUAUGUUUGGAUAAAUCAGCUUUACAAGCUGUGGAUGAUUACUGGGAGUACAGAAGGAUUGUAGGUGAGGAUGAUGGAGGGACACUGUUCACUCCAGAGGAAUAUGAGGAGUACAAGAGAAAGAUGCUCCCUCAACGACUGAAAAACAGGCUUUAUGUGAGCUUUGGGGUCCCAGGAGGCAUCGACUGCAAACUCAUUGGUCCUGAGACACAGUGCUUUUUUUGUACACAUAGGUACAAACAACAUAAGACCGACUUUGAUGUGGUUCCCUCUGAGCGACCCCUGGCCCUACCAUGCCAGGUCAGAGGGUGUCAUUGUCCCGCCUACCAGUAUGUUCCCUGCAUUGGGCCAAAUCCUGUCCGCUGCAGGUGUAAACACUUACCUCAAGAUCACAGUGAAGCUACUGGCCACUUGUGCAAAAAGUGCACUUCCUGUUCUGGGUUCCAGACCUCCUUCACCUGUGGGUGCGGACAGCCCAGCUCUGUCCAUCAGACCCUGGUUGAGACAAAACUGGAAAGAGAGGCACGCGGCCGGCCCAUAGGCAGGGAUGUCCCUUAUGCUGCCAUGGGGGGGCUGACGGGGUUCAGCUCUUUGUUGGAUGGUUACCUCGCUUUGGAAGCCAGCAGCUCAGAUCAUGUCAGAGAAGAUGGCUGCCAGCAGAGACGCAGAGACACAUCAAGGAUCAAAGAAACUAAAGCAUCCAGCUCCAUUCGCCGUAAGAGAGGAACUAACAAACUGUGAAAUACAACAUCUGUCAAACCAUCCAUUAAACACUGGACAAGAUUUCAAAUAAAUCCUACACAUCUUCCGCUCUGAAAAAUGUAGUCUUGCUCUAAGCGUAAGAACAUUUGAUUGUUUCUUUCCUU